UGUUAUUAGUUCAUAUAGCAAAGCUAUUAAACCACAUUUUUUGUAUCUUUCUAUUUCGUUAAAUUAUUUUUGAUCGUAUUCAUGUUAAUUGAAAGCAAUUAUUGUAACACUUUGUAGCAGUGUUACAAAAAUUUACAACACUGUCGGAAGUAGAUGCGCACAAAACGGAUGUCAUCGCCCAGAAGAGUAAUGGCGUCCAAAGCGGACAUACAAUUCUCUUGCUGCUUGUUCGUUGCGUUUAAAUUAAUUCGGUAGAAGUAGAACACACAAAUUAUCGAUAUUUUUAUCGAGUAAUGUUUUGAGUAAUUACUUUAAUUCGUAUAUAUCAUUGAUCGUUUCGGAAACAUUUUUAUAUAAUCGGUGAAAAUAAGUGGUCGUGUAUAUUUUAAAGAUUUUACAGUGUUAACUGCAUCAGAACACAUUUAUUCAGAAUUUCUAAGCAGAAUUAACUGCAAUGGCAUCAGCAUAGCAGCAUUAAACAAUAUUGAGCAACAAACAUGUUUAUCCCUCAUUGUCCAUUUAGUUUAUACUUUCUUUUAUAUAUUUAAAGUUACUGUAGUGUUUUAUAAAUUAUUCAGUUAUGUCUGCAAAUACUCAAUUUGCAAAUCCUCCACCAGCUAUAAGUUUACCUAAUAUGUCAGUACCACCUCCUGCUGCUCCAAACUUAUCAGCUCCACCUCCUAAUUUAACUACCAUAAAUACCUCUGGAAGCUAUCAGCAUCGAUAUACCAAUCACAGAGAUGGAGCUCGUGGUUUCUUUAAACCAUUUAGACCAUAUCAUGCUCCUAAGAUCAUUGCUGCUGGCCAGGAUACUUUACAAGAUGAAUUUGAUGGAAAAAGACUUCGGAAGUCUGUUAUGAGAAAAACAGUGGAUUAUAAUUCUGCCAUUAUAAAGAGUUUAGAGAAUCGAGUAUGGCAGAGGGACUACAGGGACAGACGUGCCCUUCAGCCAGAUGUGAUGUAUUAUCCUGACUUACUUCCUCCACCUAGUUAUGUUGACAAUCCAAUAAAUGCAGUCACCACAAGAUUUGUGAAAACUGCAACAAAUAAAAUGCGUUGUCCGAUCUUUUGUAUGGCUUGGACACCAGAGGGUAGACGUCUUGUUACUGGUGCAUCGAGCGGAGAAUUUACUCUAUGGAAUGGCCUCACUUUUAAUUUUGAAACUAUUUUACAGGCACAUGAUAGCCCGGUAAGAACAAUGGUAUGGUCACACAAUGAGAGCUGGAUGGUCACGGGAGAUCAUGCAGGCUACGUGAAGUAUUGGCAGAGCAAUAUGAACAACGUCAAGAUGUUUCAGGCGCACAAAGAAGCGAUUAGAGGACUCAGUUUCAGUCCAACGGAUCACAAGCUGGCAACAUGCAGUGAUGAUGGAACAGUCAGAAUUUGGGACUUUCUUCGCUGCCACGAAGAACGAAUUCUUCGGGGUCAUGGAGCUGAUGUGAAGUGUGUACACUGGCAUCCACAAAAAAGUCUAGUCAUUUCUGGAAGUAAAGAUAAUCAACAACCGGUUAAAUUAUGGGAUCCAAAAACUGGGCAAUCUCUUGCAACUUUACAUGCUCACAAGUCCACAGUUAUGGAUGUGAAAUGGAACGAAAACGGAAACUGGCUGGUAACUGCAUCACGAGAUCAUUUGCUUAAGUUAUUUGAUCUACGAAAUUUAAGUCAAGAAGUUCAGACAUUUCGUGGUCACAAAAAGGAAGCUUCUAGCGUUGCGUGGCAUCCGAGUCACGAGGGUCUGUUUUGUAGCGGUGGCAGCGACGGAGCUAUUUUAUUCUGGCACGUUGGAGCCGACAAGGAAGUUGGCGCCAUAGAACAAGCUCACGACAGUAUAGUUUGGACGUUGGCUUGGCACCCAUUGGGACAUAUUCUUUGUUCCGGAAGCAAUGAUCAUACUUCGAAAUUCUGGACUCGAAAUAGGCCUGGCGAUUUAAUGAGAGAUAAAUAUAAUCUCAACACUUUACCUGCAGGCCAAGCUGGUAUAGAUGAUCACGAAAUUGCUGAUGAAGCAGCUGUUAUACCUGGUAUGGGACCCGAAGAUAGGAUUAAUGCCGAUGGUGAACCAGAAGAUAAAAGCGGUGGGAUUCCUGGCUUGGAUUUGGAUCAUGCUGUGGAUGAAGGCAAAAAGUUUGCUAAUAAAAAGGUUCCAUAUAGCAAGCCGAUUCCAAGAAAUUUCCAAGCACAAUGGAACGAGAUGGAAGCGGAAGAUAUGGAACAAGUUGAAGCUUUAAAUGCAUUUGUGAAUCAAUUGAUUGAAACUACACCAGGUGCGGUGCCUCUAAACGAAGUGACAGCUAAUGGUAUUAUAUUGUAUGGGAAAAUGAUUCCUGUUGAACCCGGUUCUAAACUAGCAGAGGCGAUUAGCAAAGGAAACGAUGCAAUAAAUAAGCUGGUAUUCUCGGGAGAAAUCGAAGAGUUGCGUGAUGUCGUGGGUCCGCCAGACAACAUAGAUGAAUCUGAGGAUUAUUUACAAGACGAUGGCGAAAUAGAUUAUUCCAAAGUUCCCGAUAUCGAACUUCCUCCUCCUUUACCUAGUUCCAAAUUCGCUCAAAACCCAGAGCUGCUGAAAGCCCUGAAUCGCGGUGGAAAGCGUAAAUUUGAUCAGCUCAUUGGUUGGAGCGACGGUGGUGCUAGCGAUCGAACAUCAAAGAUUCAUCAACCUGUCUUCGGCGGAAUAAUAACGGAAGAUUCGCAAUCCAGUGAUACUGAUUUGAGGUACACUGGAACAAAGUCGAAUCAACACUCAAACGAGAACAGCUCUUUCCAUGGUGGACAAGAUGAGGAUCUCAGGAAAAUUUCGCACGGUGACAACGCGAGGAAUAUGAAUCGUGACGAGGACUUACGAUUUAAUAUAUCUAGCGGACCUGGCAGGCCUAGUUCACGUUCCGAUUACGACGUAAGGAGUAAUUACGGUGAUAAGGACUUCAGGGGCUCUCAUGGGUUCUCAUUGAAAAAACCUUUAGACAACGACAUUUAUGAUGAUAGAGAUCGGGAUGGUAAUUCGCGAUGGGACGACGAGAAAACGAUGAACGAUGGUCCUCGAAAAGGGGACGGUGGUUUUUCAGGCAAUUUCGAUAAACGUGAUAGCAUGUCUAUAGGUCUAGGAUCUGGUAUGAGUAAUAAUAUGCCUCAUUUAGGCAAUAGCAUAUCUCACAUGUCGAGUCAUCACAACAUGCAAAACAUCAAUCCCAACAUGCCUCCUCCCAUUCCAAGUUUAGUGCCACAUCCGAACAUGUCCCAGCAUCCAAUGCAGAAUAAACCAUUGCAUCCUGGUAUGCAAGGAAUUGAUGGUCCAAUGCAUAUGAUGCACCAUCCUGGCAUGCAUCCUGGUUUUGGACCCGGUGGCCCACCACCUGGAAACUUCGGUCCUAAUUUCAGACCACCGAACGGUAAUUUUGGUCCGAAUCAACAUUUCAGGCCGAGUCCUUUGCCUCCGUUCGGACCAAAUCAAGGACCGUUCGGUAGUAGUUUUCAGGGUUUACCAAACUUCCGAGGACCAAAUUCUGGUCCACCGAAUUUCGAUCGACCAGGCUUCGGUCCAGGUUUCCGUGGUCAGAAUCCCGGCCAAAAUCCACCAAGUAAUUUUAAUGCAAAUUUCGGUAAUUUCGGAAAUAAACUCGGACCUAAUCGUGGAAUGAACCGAGGUCCUAGCGACAAUAAUAUGGGAAGGAGUGGAUAUAACAAUCGCGGUAGAGGACGCGAUGGUGAUCAACCACGAGGCAUCAGAGGAAGAGAUAAUUAUUGA